UCCCGCCGCCCGCGCCCCGCCGCCCGCGCCCCGCGCCCCGCGCCGCCGCCAUGGGGGCCUGCCUGGGGGCCUGCUCCGUGCUCAGCUGCGUGUCCUGCCUCUGCGGCUCUGCCCCCUGCAUCCUGUGCGGCUGCUGCCCCUCCAGCCGCAACUCCACCGUGACCCGUCUCAGCUUCACGGCCUUCCUCUUCCUGGGGGUGUUGGUGUCCAUCAUCAUGCUGAGCCCCAGCGUGGAGAGUCAGCUCCACAAGCUGCCGUGGGUGUGUGAAGAGGGGGCCGGGACCCCCGUCAUCCUUCAGGGCCACAUCGACUGUGGCUCCCUGCUCGGCCACCGUGCUGUCUACCGCAUGUGCUUUGCGACAGCAGCCUUUUUCUUCCUCUUCACCCUGUUCAUGAUCUGCGUGCGCAGCAGCCGGGACCCCAGGGCUGCCGUCCAGAACGGAUUUUGGUUCUUUAAGUUCCUGAUCCUCAUGGGCAUCACCGUGGGCGCAUUCUAUAUCCCUGACGGCUCCUUCUCCAAUGUCUGGUUCUACUUCGGUGUCGUGGGCUCCUUCCUCUUCAUCCUCAUCCAGCUGGUCCUGCUCAUCGACUUUGCUCACUCCUGGAACCAGCGGUGGCUGGGCAAGGCUGAGGAGUGUGACUCCCGGGCCUGGUAUGCAGGCCUCUUCUUCUUCACCCUUCUCUUCUACACACUGUCCACUGCGGCCGUGACGCUGCUGUUCAUCUACUACACCCAGCCCGGCACCUGCUAUGAAGGCAAGGUCUUCAUCGGCCUCAACCUCACUCUCUGCUUCUGCGUCUCCACUGUCGCUGUCUUGCCCAAGGUCCAGGACGCCCAGCCCAACUCGGGUCUGCUGCAGGCCUCGGUCAUCACGCUCUACACCAUGUUUGUCACCUGGCUGGCCCUGUCCAGUGUCCCCGACCAGAAAUGCAACCCCCACCUGCUGACCCGCUUCAGCAAUGGGACGAUCCUGGCAGGCCCCGACGGCUACGAGACCCACUGGUGGGAUGCACCGAGCAUCGUGGGACUCAUCAUCUUUAUCCUGUGCACCCUCUUCAUCGGUCUGCGCUCCUCGGACCACCGGCAGGUGAACAGCCUGAUGCAGACGGAGGAGUGUCCGUCCACGCUGGAGGUCACGCAGCAGCGGCAGGUGGUGGAAUGCAAGGGCCGGGCCUUUGACAACGAGCAGGACGGUGUCACCUACAGCUACUCUUUCUUCCACUUCUGCCUGGUGCUCGCAUCCCUGCACAUAAUGAUGACGCUUACCAACUGGUACAGACCCGGCGAGACCCAGAAGAUGAUCAGCACGUGGACCGCCGUGUGGGUGAAGAUCUGUGCCAGCUGGGCGGGGCUGCUCCUUUACCUGUGGACCCUGGUGGCCCCGCUCCUCCUGCCAAACCGCGACUUCAGCUGAGGCAGCCCCUUGCAACCUGCCCACCUGGUGCUCGGGGCUCAGUGAGUCAGCCCGCUGAGCCCCUACCCCUACCCACCUCCAGGACUUGCCCCUGAGCUGGGCCCCCUGUUCUUAGUGCCUUCAGGGAGGGGGAGCCUUAGGCCCAAGCCUGAGCCCUUCCUUCCUGCUGCCUCCAGACCACAGAGCUGCCUCUUCCUUACCCUUGGCCCCCAUCCCCUGCACUCACCCUCUUGGGAAAGAAGGGCCCCUUAUUCUUAGGCUCCCCGGGAGAAGGACCUGAAGGAGAGAAGCACUCAGAGCCACUCAGAGAGUGGGAGCACUCCCCAGGAUGGAGUGCCCAGCACUGAGGCCCGGGUAGUGCCGACCACGUUCCCCAGGGCACGCCACCUCCUUCCUGGACUCCGUGCCUUACUGAGUCUCCACGACUUUGCUCAAUAAACCAGCCAGUGUAUGUA